GGCACACACGUCUGCGUCGUCUUCCAUCGAUCCGCCAUACCUCUACCGGUGUUGGAAGACGAACCUUCAAAAAAAAGACCUUUCUCUUUUUCUUAAUCACAACAUUUACUGACUGCUCUGCGUUAUCGACCUUUUACGCACCCAGCGAAGUGCAGUUUUAAAGAAAAAAGAGGUGUGCUUAUUGUCUCUAGUUUACUUCGUUUAUCAGUGCAAAAAAUCCACAAACUGUGGUGAAUUCUUUUUCCCCUUGUUUUGGUCCGUUAAAGCCAUGUGGUGGUACUACAACCUGGGCGGUAAUAUGAGGAGCGGCACGAGUGCCGCUUCGAAUGCGCCAUCCUCUGCAUCUAAUCGCCAGCAACAGCGCUCCAGCGUAUUACAGCGGUCUCCUGCGGCGCUUCCUUGUGAAAGCUAUUAUGACCUGUUCCCCGAGGAUGCGGGGCCGCUGGGCAACGUGGUGAUGAGUUGUAGCGAAGAGCUGCAGGAAUGGUUGCUGGUGGCGCGUCCGGUUCCCGCCGAGGAGGCGGAGAGCAAAGGCGGGUGCGUAAAACUGCUGUCGCUGCAUGCAGACCCCACCGAGUCCCCACCAGAGCCGCAGUACUUCUGCAUCACCGACCCCGAUGACGUCGUGUACGGACGCGCGCAGUACAUCCCGCGGUGUGAGAAGAGCGCCGCAGACAGAAAUGAGGAAUCUAUGGUUUCCACUAGGGAGUGCUGGGACACCUCGGACGCGGGCUGCACAGAUGCGUCAAUGCGCACCAGUGAGCUGUUUGACGUGGGCGAGAGUCCCCCUUCGGUGUGCCUGCUGGGGACUUCGGUGCCGACGGAGAACUGA